AUGGCUAAAGAUAAUCUUGCAGACGCCAUUGUGCAACCUGUGGCAGACAAAAUAUCUGGCAUCACCAAUGAACCCAAGAAGGGAAUUACCUUAUUCUCCAAAGAGUACUAUGCUGCUUGCACACUUGGUGGUAUCAUCGCAUGCGGACCUACCCAUUCUGCUGUCACCCCGCUUGAUCUUGUGAAAUGUCGGCGUCAAGUGGAUUCGCUGCUUUACAAGUCGAAUAUCCAGGGAUGGAAGACCAUUAUGAAAACGAGCGGGGACUCAAUUUUCACAGGUGUGGGUGCCACAUUUAUUGGAUACUCUUUGCAAGGAGCGGGUAAGUAUGGGUUCUAUGAGUACUUCAAGAAGACGUACGGUGACUUUGUCGGCCCAGAGAACUAUGCCAAAUACAAGACUGGCGUUUUCCUUGCAGCAUCUGCUUCUGCCGAGUUUUUGGCGGACCUUGCCUUGUGUCCUUUAGAGACAAUUAAGGUGAAGACGCAAACGACCAUUCCUCCAUAUGCCAAAUCAGUUGCCGAAGGCUACUCUAAAAUUGUCGCUGCUGAGGGAGUUGCAGGCUUGUACAAGGGAUUGGGUCCCCUUUGGGCACGUCAAAUCCCUUACACAAUGGUGAAGUUUGCCCUGUUCGAGAAAACUGUGGAGCAGAUUUAUAAGUUCUUGGGGAAACCAGCGCUGGCGUAUACUUCAUUGCAACAGACUGGAGUGUCAUUCUUGGGUGGUUACAUUGCAGGUAUUUUCUGUGCCGUAGUUUCACAUCCAGCUGACGUUAUGGUGUCAAAAAUCAACUCUGAUAAGAAAGCAUCGGAGUCCCUUGGCCAAGCAUUAUCACGUAUCUAUGGCCAGAUCGGAUUCAGCGGCAUCUGGAAUGGAUUGCCCGUGCGUAUCGUGAUGAUUGGAACAUUGACGGGUUUCCAAUGGUUGAUCUACGACCUGUUCAAAGUCUACGUGGGAUUACCCACCACGGGCGGCCACUAA